AUGAGACAAUCAUCUGUUGAAGCCAUUGCGCAUGAAUCUAAACGCACUGCAACACAAAUUAAGCAUCGUUACACAAAUCCUACUCAAAAUGUAUUCUUUUCAAAUUUAGAAGAGGAUCUAAAUAAAAAACUUGAUAAUGAAAUUGAGCAACUUACUACGAGCUUCCGUGAUAUUGUGAAAGAAUCAGGCUUUUAUGCGUCUGCUCGAAUACCUAAUAGAGAUAAUGACAGUAGGGAAGUUGCAAAAGACGAAUAUCGAAAUGCUUUAGACGAAUAUGUCUGUGAGCUACGAGCUGCAAACAUAGUUCGGGCAUGUGAAACCCUUUUAACCUUGACACACGAUUUAAAAACAACUCUAUUAUUAAACGAUACACAAACGUUAAUGCAAUUACGCGAAAGUAGGAAAAAUGCAUUGAAUGCUAGAACCCAAAAGAUUAAACAUAAGAUUAUACAGCUUAAUGAUGCAGUUAGUGAUGCUAUCUGGGAGAUGGAAUGUGUGCUGGGAGAAGGGCUACCGAAUAAUUGA